AUGUCUACAUCACCUUCAGUUCAGGUGAUCCCUGUUGUUGCUAAUGGUUCACUACCAACUACUGGUGGCUUGCAAACAUCACCACCAGACACUACGACUAUUGUAAAGAAUAAGCCAGAUGUUGUUGUUGAACACUCCUCAGCAGCUACACCAACACUAUCAUCAUCAUCAUCAUCAUCUUCACCACCAGCCUCAACUACAGCCUCGUCAUCAUCACCUCUCUCAUCAAUCACACCAUCCACCUCUGGAUCAUUCUCAUCACGCAUCACCACCGUAUACAUCGAAGAGAUACAGGCCAGGAACAUCAAUGAGAAGGACUUGUUUGUCAAGUUCAAGGUGGACAGGAAGAAGUUCAAAACCAGGACUCAAAAGAGAACCAGCAGUCCACUUUGGAAUGAAAAGUAUACAUUAUCAACGCCCAGUAAAGUGGAUGAGAUACAGUUCACCCUUUACAGCCAGAAUCUACUAGGCAAUAACAUUAAGGUUGGCACUGUCAAGUAUUCACUACAUGGCAAGAAUGGUGCAUCCACCACCACUACAGAUAUAAACAAGCAACAACAGUCAGCUGAUACAACAGAGAUAUCAUCAUCAACCAGUUCCUUCACCUCAAGCAGCUCUACUACAUUUAUGACAGUGUCGUCAGAUACAGUAUCAGAGUCAAGUACACCCAUUGUGGAGAGCAUCAAUAUCAAUCAUUGGUUGCCCUUGGAGCGUCGCAUUGGGCCAUCACCUGCUGCACCGCCAGAACUCAAAGUGCGCAUGGUGGUCAAGAUCCGUGAUAUCUCAUUGCUCAAUGAUACAGACACUAACAGCUCCACAUCGGUUGAUGACCACCCGACACAAUUGGUGCCUCCAUCACGCUACCAUCAUCACCACAGUCGACACAACCAUGACGGUUCCAUCAAGGACCCCAAAGAGAUGUCUUUGAUUGGCAAGGGUGGCAGCCACAUCAAGAAACUGACCAAGCGCAUCACAUCAAAGAUUGACAAGGGAGGCAACUCCAGCUCACAUGCUGGUGAGCAAAGAAAGAACGACGAGCGAAUGGCAAUCAUUGAGGAGCAAGUGGCAAAGGAGCGUGUCAAAGAGCUGGAAAAGGAGGCAAUCGACAAAGAGAAGGAGAGGGCACGCGAGAAGCUUAGACAGCGAGAAGAUGAGGAGCUACAGAAACAGCUGGAGAAGGAGCGCCAGGAAGAGAGGAGGAAGGCCAAAGAGGCAAAGAUGCGAAAGGAGAGAGAGAAGCGCAUGCGACCAACACGACCGAUCGAUUACUUCUUUGUGGUUGGCUGCUCAUCCAAGUUGGAGCCAAUCGAUCAAAGAUAUGAUAUGUCCUCAAAGCUUACAGACCCCAUGGAGAUAUGCUACAAGGGUGAGCUGCUCGACACAUAUCCUCCCAAGGAUGAGGAGAUACUUCCCUCACAUAUAUGGAUGUAUUGCUUCCCCAAGGGUGUAUCAUUAUCUACUGAGGAGCUUCCUCCAUCAUUCUUCCCAUUCGUCCUCACCAACGAAGUUGGUACAAGAUUCUACGGCUCGUGCUUGAUGUUCUAUGAACCAUUGUCUGAGGAGCUGUCAACAGAAGUGAAGAAGAGAAGACAUGCCUAUCAGAGUGCACAACAACAGUCCACUCCAGACAAUUCAUCAGACAAUGAGGAUGAUGAAGCAACGGCGGGCAGCAAUGACAGGUCCAAACGCGCGUCCACCCCAUUGCCCAGUGCAGGACAACAACCAUUGUCCACACCAACAUCCCCAGUACAACUAUCGAGCAACAACACAACCAGUCCUCAAUCAUCAAGUGCUGUACCCACAGGACUGGUGCCAUCACAACAGCAGAUGUACACCCCAAAGUGCAUAUGCUUCCUGUCACACUAUCCAUUCUACAGCUUCUUCAGAGUCUGUCUGAAUGACCUCUAUCAAAAGGUGUUUUUCAUGUCGGCGCCACUGCCCAUUGAACGAUACAUCCUCAACAUGGUUCACGACGUUCCAUUGCCCGUGCAAGGCGUCAGCACUGUCAACUACACUAUCAACAAGACAGUAAUAAGCUUGAAAAGACCGCCCGAGUGUCUUUUACCAAUGUCCGACCUACCAUUCUCCCUUCUAUUCAAAUGUCUUGACAUCAAGAAUGUACUGAUGCUUCUCAAGUGCAUACUACUUGAAGAGAAGAUUGUAUUCAUAUCGACACACUACUCUCUGUUGACAUAUGUAGCAGAGAUAUUCUCAGCACUUCUCCAUCCAUUCGUUUGGCCCCAUGUAUAUGUUCCAGUUCUUCCAGAACUAUUAUUGGAGUACGUCUAUUCCCCAUUCCCAUUUAUCAUGGGCGUCCACAAGUCAAUGAGCAACUAUAUAUUGAACGAGGAGAACCUUCUAAGCGAGAUUGUCAUUGCUGACUUGGACAACAACAUGGUACUCAUACCUCAGGGUCAGGACAGACUACAUCAGGCCAGUCUACCAGAGCGAGAGACCGCUCAGCUCACCUAUCAACUGCGAAAGGUGACCCAAUUCGAAUUGCAAUGUUCAGACAUGCCAAACUAUGACCUCAAUUCAAUGUCACCGAUUCAGUCCUCAAUCAACACUGACCUUGGUGGAGGAGGAAGCAGCAGCAGCAACAACAACCGUCGAUUCACAAACAACCAUCACAAUCAACAUCAUCGACAUCAUUACAACCCUGCGCCAACCCCUCCCGCAUCCACUAUAGUAGACGAGCACAUACGACUAUCCUUCCUACAGUUCUUCUGUUCAAUCAUGGUGGACUAUCGCUCGCAUCUCAAAUAUCUGCGCGUAUUCCCAAAGCCCAUCACCUUGUUCAACAAACUACAGUUCGUUAGGACACGUGCCACCUCAGCCAGUGAACUAUUCUACACGUCAUUUGUGGAGACACAAUCGUUUAGCUACUUCCUGGAUCAACAUUCUUGGCCAAAGAAGAACGUCUUUGACUACCUGAUCGAGACACAACGAUUCAAGAGGCCUGUUGAGGAGUUGUGUGUUCUCAACAACACAGCCAUCCCACAGGCACUGGGCGUUCAAGAACCUGCCAAGUAUUCUGUGGUCAAUGCCCCUGCCCCCUCAUCAUUGCGCACAGCACCCACCACCAUACGAGAGUAUAGUCGAUUCCCUCCAUUGAAGGCUGAUCUGAUGGUGACCACGAGCUCUUCAUCGGGUGGUCAGGAUCAUGUUGUCUCGACUGCAUCACUAGUAUCAAUGGACAUCUACAGCACGUCGAUAGCAAUGGCAGAGAGCGGUCCUGCCAAUCCAAGCGAUGACACACUACUUCCACUGGCCAUUGUCGAGGAGCAACACAAGUCAUUCGAUACCAUUAUUCAACAAUUCCUCUCAAAGAUCUCUGGUGAUGUGCCACCAGAGUCAUCUGACACUCAGCAGUUGCUUGAGCUGCUUAAGUUUGAGUCUGGUCGUCAACUAUUUGGAUACCUACUGCUCAAGCACCAGCGCAACAAUGCCGAUGAGAAUGUCCCCAGCAAGGCUCGACUCAGCGAUGCAAUGUUCUAUUGUUUGGGUGACAUGCUCAAGGCAGCAUUGCGUGAAGCCAACCUCCACUCGGACUUUGCCUCUACACGAAUGUUCCUCGAGGCAUCGUUCAUUUAUCAUCGCAUCCAAAAGGUGUCCAACGAGCAUGUCAGUGAGCGACUGAGGAAUCAAGACAUCUGGCAGAACUAUAAGUUCUGGGAGCAGUUCUUCUACGAUUCGAUCGAGCAACGUUGUCGUAUGCUCUAUGGAAACAUCAUUCGAGAGAUGCUCAAGUGGCACAGCUAUGCAGGCGACAAACAGGACAAGAUCAAGAACGACGAGCGUGAGAUGGAGUUCUCUCUGCUCUCCAAGCUGGCCUACUACAUGAUUCAUUUGGGCACCCAACCAGACCUGAUGAGACGAUUCGUCAACAAGAUGUGCUCCACCAUCAACUUUGACAAUGAUCGAACAGAGAUCAUGAUGCAGGUCGUCUCCAACAUCACCAGAGCACGUGAGAUGUACGACAUGGACAACUUGGAGAACGACAGUACCAGUGUGACGAUGGACGGCAACAAGCACGUCGACAAGGAUCUCCACCAAUUUACAAAGGACACAUACAUCUCGAUCGGUGGCAGGAACUCUACAAAGGCCAACGAGGGUCGCGAGCUUCUCACUCAUCUGAUCGAUGAGAAAUCCAACAACAUUGUUGCCCUCCGCAGUUUGAGUCGAAUCAUGAACCUGAAGAGUGCAUGGGCCGAGAAGCGAUCCAAGACCAGCGCCAAGAUCGACUAUCGAGACAUCUCAGAGAACAGAGGAGACUAUGUGGUCAAGACAUUCAAUGGACACACUGAAGGUGUUCUCUGUUUGGCAUUGACAGCACAGGGACACAGAGAGAAUAACGUAUUGGUCACUGGCAGUGCCGACUCCACACUACGCGUGUGGGAUGUCACCUCAACAAACUGUCUUGGCAUACUGGAGGACCAUGGAGGUUGGGUGAACUGCGUGGAACUUGUAUCUGACUCCAAGAUAUUCAGUGCAUCCUAUGACAAGACAUUGAAGCUCUGGGAUCUGAACAAGUGCACCAAGGUCAAGUCAUUCAGAGGUCAUAAAGGAUCUGUUAGCUGUCUCAAGAACAUUGACAAUCAUCAAACAAUAUCUGGAUCCUAUGACAAUACCUUGUUCAUUUGGGAUGAUAGAUCAACAAAGCCAGCUGGAACACUACUUGGACAUCAACAGCCUAUCAUGAGUGUACUGAGUGAUGGAUACAGGAUCAUCUCUGGCAGCAGAGAUACAAACAUCAGAGUGUGGGACCUGCGCACAAUGACCACAUUUAAGAUCCUCUCGGGACACACUGACUGGGUCAAGUGUCUGCAGUACGACAAUGCCGACGUGCUUCUUAGUGGCUGCUGCGAUGGCAAGGUCAAGGUGUGGUCGCUCGAGAGUGGUGAGUGUCUGAGGACACUUCAAGGACACAGCGGAAGCAUCAACUCACUACUGCACCACAAGAAGGGUGACGUCAACAAGUUUGUCACGGCCUCGGCAGACUCUACGAUUCAGGUCUGGGACUCAAACAAUGGUGUGGAGAGUGCCACGCUUACCGGUCACAAUGACGAGGUGAUGGGAGUAGAGAACUUCAUCAACAACCUUGUAGUGUCUGGUUCAUUCGACGGCACUGUAAAGUUGUGGGACGUUGACACUGGAAAGUCGCACCGAACCAUCCACAAUCACACCAACAGAAUAUCGACGCUAAAGACAUAUGAGUCGAUCAUUGCCACUGCUAGUUGGGACAAGACAGCAAAGGCUUGCAUCUUUGGUCUUGACUUUAGAAUAUGA